AACCGGCCCAACGCGUGCGUCUCUCAGGUUUCAUAGCAACCACAGUUAAAAGGACGGACUCAGACAAAUUAUUGCAAACUGGACCGCGGUGGAGUUUAAUUACUUACAUUUUCCCGACAGUAAUAAUAAUAAUAGAAUAGUUUCUGUCGUCGGUUCGGGAAACAGGAAGUAGGAAGAAAAUGUCGAAGAAGAAAAGUGAGGAGAAAGUGGACGCCUUCACCCCGAAGGCCUACACGAAGAACUGCAGGGUUGUCAGCCCCCCAAUUGCAGGGGCAUUUAAAGAACGACCCUACAAACCUACCAGAUUUCGCAUGUACUACGAGAGGGGAGAGUUCCCAAUUGCGCUGGCACAUGACAACAGGGGCAACAGCAUUACAUGGAAGGUGGAAUUUGAAAAAAUAGACUACCACCACUUCCUGCCAUUGUUCUUUGAUGGUCUGCGUGAGACUAAGCAUCCAUACGAGUUCUUCGCCCGCCAGGGGUCCCUUGACCUUCUGAACCACGGAGGCCCCCGAAUCCUCCCCGUCAUUCCCCAGCUCAUCAUGCCCAUUAAAAAUGCCAUGAACACAAGGAACCAUCAGGUGAUGUGCACAACCCUAAAAGUCCUGCAGCAUCUGGUGCUGUCUGCAGACGGGGUGGGGGAGGCUCUGGUGCCUUACUUCAGACAGAUCCUGCCUGUUUUUAACAUCUUCAAGAACAAAAACAGCGACGUGAUUGACAACAGCCAGCGGACAAGAGAGAACAUCGGGGCCCUGAUCAAUGAGACGCUGGAGAUGUUUGAAUACUACGGAGGUCCAAACGCCUUUAUAAACAUCAAAUAUAUGAUCCCCACCUAUCAGUCCUGCAUGAUAAACUGAUGGAGGGUUCAUUAUCAGACUUGGCUCCAUUUCAUUCUGCCUUCUCUCAAUAAAAUAAAGCAACAUAUAAAAUAUUA